AUGCUGCCACCAAAUGUGUCCUUAGUAAAAUAUGAUGUUCCUGUACUCAUAAGUAAAAAACAGGACAACAAAAACCCAAAUGGACCACCUAUUAAGAGUACUCGAAUGGCUGUGCAAGAUGCCGGUCCAGUGCCUUCAUCCGGAAUCAAGCCUUGUACUAAACCUCCGUGUGACACCAGAAAUACUCAACAGACUGAUGAGAUAUUAAAUUCGAUCCUCCCUCCAAGGGAGUGGACAGAUAAUAAUCAGUUAUGGAUUCAACAAGUAUCCAGUACACCAGCGACUCGACUUGACGUUGUUAACCUCCAAGAGGAAUUAGACAGACGCCUUCAGCAACGUCAAGCCCGAGAAACUGGCAUCUGUCCCGUUCGGCGUGAACUAUACUCACAAGUGUUCGACGAACUUAUUCGCCAAGUAACUAUAAAUUGUACCGAAAGGGGUUUGUUACUUCUGCGAGUAAGGGAUGAGAUAAGAAUGACUAUUGCUGCAUAUCAAACGCUAUAUGAAUCUAGUGUUGCGUUUGGUAUGCGAAAAGCUUUGCAAGCUGAACAGGGAAGAGCAGAACUUGAUAAGAAAAUUCUCGAAUUGGAGGCGUACAAACGGGAGUUGGAAAGGCAGGUGACUGAAUUGAAAGCCAAAUGUGAACAAAUUGAAAAACGUGCAGCCGAACAGCGACAGGUGGAGGAGAAGAAACAUCAGGAUGAAAUUCAAUUCCUCAAGAGGAAUAACCAACAACUAAAGACCCAACUAGAGGGGAUAAUAAAUCCCAAAAAGUAG